UGGUGAACAAUGGUCAAAACAGGCUUAAUGCUUAAGCUAGAGCCGCUACAGCCCGUUUGAUGAUCCGAAUUUCAGCAAUUAAAUACAUGGUGGAAAUCUUUCACGCGGUCAUUAUGGCGGCAUCACACCACAAGAAUCUGUGGGGAAUAUACAAAGAAACAGCGAUAUUUUAGUCGUGUUGGUUCGUUUACACCUCUCAACCAACAAUAACCAACAACAACUAAGGCACUUUGAUUUGCUUGUGUGCCAAAGCAGCUCAUAUAAGCGGAGAAUGAACAUUACAGACAUUUCGAAGGGAGCAAACGACUCUUUCGAGUUGGAAGAAGAACCGUCACUCGCAGUCAGUUUGUUUUUGAGCGAGACAGAAAUCACCUGCUUAAUAUUUUUUCUCGUGUUCUUCGGGUUAACGGGAUUCAUACAGAAUCUCGUGGUGAUUUUGUCAAUUAGCCUGACGGAUGGUUUCUUGGACGCCCCCGCGAACAUCUUCGUCCUGAGCCUGGCUUGUGCGGACAUUUUGGUCUGCGGCGUUUCCGCCCCGCUGUUGAUCUACAAUUGCUACAACUGGAUUUUUACCACUUUCGUAACCCUUAGCAAGUUCAUUGUUGUGGCGACAACAGGAAGCGUGUUUCUCAUGACGGUAAACUGCUUCAUCUCGACUAUCAGGCCUUUGAAGUAUUCAAGAAUUAUGACACAUAGACGUGCCGUGGCUAUGGUCGUGAUGAUCUGGUGCAUUGCUAUCCUGGUGUCGGUAUUAGCGAUUAUCGGCUUAAGCUAUAAUAUAAAAUCCAUCGUCCACAUUACGCGCUAUUUUCUGAUUUUCUACGUUACCUCGUCGUCCGUAAUGUACCUCUACAUGUACUCUCUGGCGAGAAAACAUCGAAAAGAGUUAAGGAAGCUGAAGUACGCCGUUGCGGGUCACAUCCAGAAGUUUUCCAACGAAUUCAGAGCAUUGCGUUCGUUGUUUAUGGUGGCGGGAAGUUUCGCAGUGUGUUGGCUGCCGAUGACGAUUGGAUUUUUCUUCACGAACAAUAAAACCCAGCCGGAAAAGUUCUAUCGCACCUUCUGUUUUACAGCUCCGUUGGCUGUGAUAAACUCGAUCCUCGACCCGACCAUUUACUAUUACAGAAGCAAGGGAUUCAGACUUUCGUUGAAAACACUCUGGAAGCGCUUUCAACACCAAGUAUGGUCACUGAGAGGAUGGUGCUGAACUCGGAACGUUUACAGUUUUUUUCAUUGAUAUAAUAUUGAUGACAUAAAGACCAUUACCCAUUGACGUUGCAAUGUGCUUUUCACAGAAUUCCCACCAGUGCAUGCAUAUUAUGUGAUUUGUUUUGACACAGGAUCCCUUUAAUUAACAAAACGAAAGCGAGCAAAACGAAACAAGACCAUUAUUCGACGCCUUAUCGAAAAAUUAGGUUUAUUGUAUGCAUGAAAAGUUUAUCAGAGACAGGAUACUUAAUUAACUUGCAUAAGCUACACUAUUGUAUACGCUGCUUUUUCAAAACAGGCAUGAAUUUUCAGUACCUUAAUUUUUACAUGCCCUGAUAAGAAUUUUUUCAGCAAUUAGCUUAUUUUUUCAUUGUAGGAUUUAAA